GGGGAUAUUGAAAUAACCUAUGUAGUCCGAUCACGUGUCGAAGUUUACACAACACACCCAAGGCACACCCAUCCGUCCGUUUCCAAAGCUCAUCAGAUACAAACUUCAGGGGACCGUAAAAAUAUAUAAAGCAAGCAAGCAACAUGAUGUGACAUCAUGUUGAACCGAAAAUCAUCGAUAUACGAUCAGGUUCACUUUGCACUGAUUAGAAAAAAAAGGAUUAAACCCCUACGCCAGGCGAGAAUGGAACAGCCCAUCACAAGAUGGUGGACAGGUGUCAGGUUGCAGUGUUCACCAAUGGCGCGUUCAGCUCGCUGUGCGGGGAUUGUGGGCGUGACGUGCCUGCUGAUCGGAACUCUGGGACUGUGUCUGUAUAACACCCUGCUCUACACCUUCGUCACUAAGAUGAUGGUUCUCCAGGAGGGAUCGUUCAUUUAUAACUUCUGGAAGGACAUCCCGAUCCCGAUCUACAUGCAGUUCUACCUGUUCGACAUCCUGAAUGUGGACGAAGUGAUGAAGGGGGGGAAACCGGCAGUGCAACAGCGGGGACCGUACACUUACAGGGAGUACAGAAAUAAGUCCAGUCUCCAGUUUCACGAAGACGACACAGUUUCCUACUUGAACGUGAAACGGUACGAGUUCGUGCCGGAGAUGUCAGUCGGGUCAGAGAACGACACAUUAACGACACUCAACAUUCCAGCUAUGGCGAUCUCGUGGUGGCUGAAGUCGCAGCGGGCCGGCAUUAAGGACGCGGCGUCUCUGGCGCUGCUUCUGGCCGGGGAACCGCUGUUUUUCCGCCGCUCGGUCUCGGGGCUGAUCUGGGGCUACCCGGAGCCGCUUCUCGCCGCCGCACACAGGUUCGCGCCGGCGCUCAUCAGGGACGAUAAGUUCGGCCUUUUCUUAAAUCAAAAGACGAACUCCACAGAUGGCGUAUACACGGUGUUCACAGGACGGACGGACCCGGCCAAGUUCGCCGACAUCUACCAGUGGAACGGCAUGACAAAAUUACCGUACUGGAAGCCUCCAUGUGGCAGAGUAAAUGGCACAGAGGGAAUAAUGUUCCCACCGAUAGAAGACACGGAAAAACGGCUGUACAUCUUCGUGUCCGAUUUGUGCAGGUCAGCCUACCUGACGUACGAAGGCGCCCGGGCCGUGGGCGGCGUGCCGGUGUACCGCUACACGCUCCCGCCGGAGGAGCUGCGCAGUGGCCGGUCCGACCCCGACACAGCCUGCUACUGCGGGGACACAUGUCUGCCGGACGGGCUCAUAGACGUGAGGAACUGCCACUUAGACGCUCCGGUCGUCUUAUCACUGCCUCACUUCUACCUUGGGAACGAGAGUUUGUCUAGGGGAGUGACCGGUCUCGAACCCAAUAAAAUGGAGCAUCAGAUCUUCCUUGACGUGGAACCGAGUACAGGCGUGGCGUUAGCGGCGGCAAGAAGAACCCAGAUCAACAUCAUCGUCAGCCCCGUCACACAUAUGAGAGAAACAGAAAAGGUUCGGGAAGUGGUGCUGCCUAUCGUUUGGAUUAAUGAGAGCGCGGCGGUCGGUCCGGACUUUACUCAGUACUUCUGGGACCAGGUUGUUCUGAAGGAACGCGCUGGUCUGGGCGGACUGGUGGCCAUGGCGGCAGCGGGGGGAGCACUGGUGCUGCUGGUGUCCCUAUGGUCCUGCAGCAAACGGAAAGACGCAGCUGAACACGGUGUGAGACCCCGGAUUAUACAGGCCACUAAAACCGGAGAGGAGGCGACUCCAUUGUUACAGUCUGAGGGUCGCACAUGAGGGCCGACAGAUCUAUGUCAAUAUUAUAUAAGUACUAAUUUUACUGUACUGAAAUGUGGAUAUUCUUAUUUAACGGAUGUUCUGAACCAUACGGUGAUAACACACGUAAGGAAGGAGGAUAAUAUAACACACGCAACGAGAUGCAGAAUAGAAUAAUUUUGUCACAUCUGGGCUGGAUACGGAGCUGCCGUAAGGUCACUAAACUGCCUCAGCCGAGUUCAAAACCGCUUACAACAUCUUGUUGGGAGUGACUUGAUAGCCACCCUACAACCACUCUCACACAGGCGAUAUGUUGCAAGCACGACGUUAUUUUAUCCUAUUUCCACGGUAAAUGCACAGAAAUAUAACUUGCACACAGGGCAGAGAAAACAAGGCAGCAACCUAACUGUCCUUUUUCACAACAUGGUAAUGUAUUAGUUAUCCUUGAAAAAAAGGAACCGUCUUAAUUAGAUCAAAUUUUCAUGUAACAAGUCGUACCAUCAUGGGCAGCUGCUAUACUGGGUAGGGGGUAGUCAAAUAGAAUGGAACAUUUGCCUUUGACUGCCAAAACUUGCCAAUAACGCUGGGUCCUUGACGGUGUCUGAACCGACACAUUGACGACAUAAUUCUCAUUUUCGAUAUGCCCCCGUGGGAGGGCAUUUUAUUUAUUUAUCAUUAUAUAUAAAACAAUCGACAUGGCAGAAGUACAUGGGCAUCUAUCUUGAAUUGUGUCCUAGUUUAUACGUAUAAAAAUAUUGGAACGUAAAAAGAAAUUCUUAUCAGAUAAUCCUUCAACAAAGUAGAGGUCUGAAC